CUCUUAAACCCUUCUCUGUUCUCUGCUGUGCUAACAAACCCAACCCCCAAGAAAAAAAUUUUCUUGAGAAAAUCCCAUCAUUUUCCCUAGAAAACCAUGCCGAUGCCGGAAAUAGUCAGAGAGGUCUACGCGCAUUUCAGAGACGCCUACGAUCGUUUGAGGUUACCGCCGGUAACCUUCAGACCCUCCUUUCUCCGUUUUCUUUUCUUCGUCUUCCUUUGUGUCAUCAAAACGAUUUUUCUCGUUCAAUUCUUCUGCGCGGAGAUCGAUGUUUCCAUGUGCAUUUUUGAUCCUCCGUUCUUCCGUCCCCCACAUCUCAAGGGGCGGCAUUGCCCAGACGAAGAGUCUUGCUUUUUCCUGGACAUCGGUUUCAAGAAGAAGUAUGCAGAUAUGAUGAGGGAAUUCAAGGUCUUUGUGUACCCAGAAGGUGACCCAAGAACAUAUUUUCAUACACCCAAGAAACUGAUUCGACUGUAUGCGAGUGAAGCCUAUUUCUUUAGGAAUAUGGAGCAGAGUCCACUCCGAACCUUGAAUCCUAAUCAAGCACAUAUGUUUUUCAUACCCAUUUCCAUCCAAAAGAUGAGUGAAAAGAGGCUUUCUGUUGAGCAUAUGAGAACUGUUGUGGAGAAAUACAUCCGGAGAAUAAGUUUGAAGUAUCCUUACUGGAACAGAACACAUGGUGCGGAUCAUUUUUUUGUGAGUUGCCAUCAGAUGGCAUUGAAGGUAACCCAAGGAGUUCCAGAUCUUGUUAACAGAGCUAUUCGAGUCGUAUGCGAUCCCGAGUAUAUUGAUGGAUAUGUUAAAGAGAAGGAUCUAGUCCUCCCUCAUAUACUACUGCCAUUUGAACAUCCAGCUGCUGGAAAUGAUAUAAAGAAGAGAACUAGACUGGUUCUAUUGGGAGAUGUUGCCAUUUCUGAAGAUAUAGGUUUAUGGAAUGGCACAGAGUCAGAGUUUUCCACGAUCAAAAACCAUACCGUGUCAUUGCUUCGCGAAAGAACAAGAGCCUAUAGGAAUAUUGCACCACGGACUUUAGAUUACAAUACAAGUAAGUUUUGCCUGUGUCCUGGUGGAUCUCAAACGGGUGCUGGGCGUAUUGCAGAUGCCAUUCACUAUGGAUGUGUUCCUGUUGUUUGGCCAGACCAGUAUGAGUUGCCAUUCUCUAGCAUGAUGAACUGGAGUGCAUUUUCUGUACAAAUGAAGCAAGACGAUUAUCUUGCAUACGAUGUUUUGCAGUUUCUUGAGGAGAUAACAGAAGCAGAAUAUAGAAAUUUGCAAGAAAAUACAAUGAAGGUUCAGAAAUACUUCCAGUGGAAUUCACCUCCCAUCAAAUAUGAUGCAUUUCAUCUGACCAUGUAUCAACUCUGGCAAAGCCUGGGCCUUCAUGUUUCAGAUUCCAAAAUCACACAAGACCAGAUUGACAAGGUGUGCCCAUUGGCAUCUUCCUGUAACAACACAGAAGUACUGUUUUUGAGGAUAGAAAUCUGGACCUCACAGUGUUUUGAUCAGCUUUUAUGUUUAGGAUCUAAGGGUAUGUCUUGUCUGCAAUGCAAAAAUGCACCAGCUGUCCUCCCUGGCAAAAUUUUCCAAGAAAAUGUUUUUAAGGUUACCAAACAUAGCCUACUUGAUGUACCUCGAACAUCUUUCCAAGUUAAAAUUACACAGGCUUUAUACAGACUAAAAGGUCUUGAACCAUUUCCUGAUAUAAACGAUGCAGAAAAGAGGCCGAAAUGUGUGAGGCACAAGGUGCCCGAAGAUCUAUUGUUAAUCAUCGAGAAACCAUAUCCAUACACAUGCACAUUGCAAGAUCAGGUCCCAGGCCAACCAGUCCCCAUGUUGGUGUCAUCAAUGUCAACCUACAAGGAUCUAGCCCUCCCUCCUGUACUGCUGCCAUUUGAUUAUCCAGCUGCUGGAAGUGAUACAAAAAAGAGAACUAGACUGGUUCUCUUGGAGGGUGAUGCCAUAUCUGAAGAAAUAGCUUUGCUGAAUGAUACAAAGGCAGAGUUUUUCAUGACGAACAACCAUACCAUUUCUUUGCUGCGCAGAAGAACAAGAGAAUAUAAGAAUAUUGCACCAUGGACACUAGAUUACAACACAAGUAAGUUUUGCCUGUGUCCUGGUGGAUCUGAAAUGAGUGUUGGGCGUAUUGCUGAUGCCAUUCACUAUGGAUGUGUUCCUGUUGUUUGGCCUGACCGUUAUGAAUUGCCAUUCUCUAGCACAAUGAACUGGAGUGCAUGUUCUGUGCAAAUCAAAGAAGAUUAUUAUCUUGAAUUCGACGUGUUGAAGUUUCUUGAGGAGAUACCAGAAGCAGAAUAUAGAAAUUUGCAAAGCAAUACAGUGAAGGUUCAGAAAUACUUCCAGUGGAACUCACCUCCAAUCAAAUAUGAUGCAUUUUAUCAGAUUAUGUAUCAACUCUGGUGGCGCCUGGACCAAAAAGCUACAGAUUACAAAAUCACUCUAGCACUUCCGGAUUCUUAGGACUUGGCAGUGUUUGAAGCAUAAGACAACUGCAACUGGCAUAUCCCUGUAAAAGCACAGUAGACUAGAUUGAGUGGCAUCAUCCUGU